AGUGUGACUAAGGUGGGGAUAUUUUCUCAUCUUCUCAUCCCAGCAUCCCUCAAAAAAAAAAAAAAAACUGCCUCACCCACCCGAUGAUCCACCCACAUCUCUCACUUUCUCACCCAUGACCCAUGGCCUGAACCCACUUUCUCCUCCUUCCUCGUCCGUUCGCCGGCCGUCUCUCUCAGACUCUCACGCCAGUGUUUAGGGUUUCUGCCCCUGCUGCUGCUGCUUCCAUUUCCUGCUCGCAGGAACAUAUAUUUCAUAGAAAUAUUGUGAGUGUGUUUUGAUUUGGCAGCGGCCAGACAACCGUAGUGAUGGCGUUUGGGUUGAGGACUCACACCGUCUCCAAAUAGGAGCAAAAAGAAUUCAUUCUGCAACUUGCAGAGGAGUACUGUAAAGGAUUAGAGUCAUUGGUACAAAAUGCUUCAACACCAAAUUGUACAAUCCCCUGCGAGGCUAGGCCUUACGAAUCCUAACUCACCAUCGAUUCCAAACCCUACCCCUUCGAAGCCCCCUCCUACACAAACCCAUAACAACCAAGACCGCCAUUCGGCAACCCCUUCUGCUGCUCUACUCUCUCUUCUCCCACCCCUCCCCAGAGCACAAGCAAUUCUUGUUCAAAUGGCUUCCUUGACAUCUAAGCUUUUUGAAGUAUCAUCCAACAGAUCUGUUUGGGUCACUGCAUUCCGCGGAUCAAUCCCAACCUUCCUUUCUUCCCAGGCCCAAGCACAUUCGUCUACCCCAUUGGAGUCUUCUCCUUCCUCCACCAAAGAAAUCAUUUCACUUUUCUCUACCCUUCAAACCCAAAUUGUUGAAGCUAUAACUGAACUCCAAGAAAUUCUUGAUCUACAGGAUGCUAAGCAGAAGAUUGACCGGGAAAUUCGCUCAAAGGAUAUGGCACUUCUUGGAUUGGCUAACAAACUCAAAGAUUCUGAGCGCGGACUUGACAUUCUUGUUGAUGAUUACUCUGAUUAUCGUCGCAGCAAGAGAACGAAAUUAGGAGAUGGUAGUGAAGAUGAUUCUUUGACUUCCUCGACUGUAUCAUCCCAGCUGAAGCUAUCAGAUAUAUUGUCAUAUGCCCAUCGUAUAAGUUAUACCACCUUUGCUCCACCAGAAUUUGGAGCUGGGCAGGCUCCUCUCCGUGGUGCAAUGCCACCCGCACCACAAGAUGAACAAAUGAGAGCUUCACAGUUAUAUAAUUUUGCAGACCUUGAUAUUGGAUUGCCUAAAGCAGUUGAAACGAAGGAGAAAACAAUUGAGGCUAUUGUGGAACCUCCGCCUCAACAAUCUGUGGAUACAAAUCCACUUGCAAAUUUGUCUGCAAUUCAAGGGUUGCUUCCUCCAAAUUUUGCUGUGCCGCCUGGUUGGAAGCCCGGAAUGCCUGUACAAUUGCCUAUGGAUAUACCAAUUAAGCCUCCACCUGGGUGGAAACCAGGGGAUCCUGUGCCAUUGCCUCCCAUGGACUCACUUCCAGUACCAAGAUUUGAGGAACAACAGUUACACCCCCACAUUCCUCAGCCCAAGCAGCCAGAAGUUAUUCAAGUGCAGCAUGUUAAUCUGGAUCUUGGAGGAAGUGACAGUAGUGAUUAUAGUAGUGAUGAAGCCAGCUCUGAUGAUGAAGAUUGAGGAUUCAAUGAUUGAUCAUCUCAAAUUGACAACUUUACAGGCUCUUCUCAUACACUUAUUUGGGGUGCUGUGCACAUCAAAGGAUUCUUUUGUCUCCAUGAUCAUGCUUAUAUACAGUGGACCAAAGCACUCAGCUGAAUUUUUUUACUCCCAUGCAUAUUGAUGCUCAGAUUACACAAGCUGGAGGAAGGAGUUUAAGCAUCCCUAGUCAUCUGAUAUAAAUAAUUAUCUGUCAAUUUGAGAAAUUUACCCAUUGCUCAUUGAGUCAUUGGUAACCCACCAACUUUUCAUUUCUUUACUAGUUAUCUUACUUUUUUGUUUAAACUCAAACUGUAGAAGAUACAUGUAGUUAGAUGAUUCUGUCUUUUUUGUUCGUAACUAUUGUUCUGAUGAUUUCUGGAUUUUUUAGAGGGUGCUGAUGGAUUUAAUGUUUUGAUCUAAAACAGUAAAAUGAAAAACUUGGUGAUGAUCCUCUAUUUUAUGACUAA